UCAUAGAACUUCAGUCUUGCCCUUCUACACAAAUUUGUUCCAUAUUCCCCAGUCUGCAAUGGACAGACAGGUGGUAUAUGCUGAUUUAAGCUUAUCCAGGGGCCAAGGUCCUGAAAGUUCUAUACCUCUAUCUCUUCCCCAAGAUGUCUCUCAGGGUGCACCUUGGCACCAACUGGCUUGGAAACUUGGCUGUGCUGGGAUAAUUCUUCUUCUCUUGAGUGUGAUUGGGUUGAGUGUUCUAGUGAUAUCCUUAACACAAAAAUCACCAAUGGAAAAGAGCAGUGUGGAUAUUCAAGAGAAGAGGAAUUAUACAACAGAGACACCACGUCAGUUACAGUGCCCUAAACAUUGGCUUCAGCUCCAAGAUAAAUGCUACACUAUUUCUAGUUCUUCCAAAACUUGGAAUGACAGUUUAGCUGACUGCUCCCAAGGAGAAUCCAGUUUGCUGCUCAUCCAAGAUCAGGAAGAAUUGAGAUUCAUUCAGAACCUGAUAAAGAAUGAAGGAAAUCUGUAUUGGAUUGGACUAAAUUUUACAUUAUCAGAGAAGAAGUGGAAGUGGAUAAAUGGCUCUUUAUUAAAUCAUGACAUAUUAAAAAUUUUUGGUGAAAAUAAAGAAAACAGCUGUGCUGCUAUCUCAAAGAUGAAAGUAUUUUCUGAGAUCUGUAAUUCAGAAAACAAAUGGAUCUGUGAAAAGAAACUAAAACCUGUCAGAAAUAAAGUAUCUUGACUAUGAAGCCCAUCUCAAUUUCUCUACUUUCCAUUACAGAUCUCUGUGAUUUUAAUUCUGUGUAUUGUACAAACUGUAGAUUUAGGAGCAUAAAGUGAACAACUGCAGAGAAUUCUAAAAUUAUAAGGAAUCUUACAGAAUAUCCAAUCCAUGCAUUCUGUAAGUGAAGAAAAAAGACACAGACAUAUCAUUUUAAGAGACAGUGAUAUUCUAUGGAAAGCAGACCAGGACAGCUGAAAGGAAGUGAAUUUUAAUCCUGAAGAGAAAGUGUGGCCUUUGCUAAUCCCUCUAAUCCUCAGCUCAGAUGAGGUGUAGUAAAUGAUUCCUAAAGUCCUGUGCAACUCUCACAGUCUGUCUUAUUCUGUACUAUCACACAACUGAGUUGUGGAAGAACAUGAUGAAAAUCCUUUCUCUUAACUCUGACACCAGAUCUGUAAAUAAAGGGGUCUGGGAAGGGGUCCGCUAUAGUCUGGAUGUCCCCUUCAAAACUCUUGCUGAAAUUUAAUUGUCAUUGCGACAGUAUUCAAAGGUAAGCCCCUUAAGGUAUUAACCCAUGCAGGCUCCACCAUCACAAAUUAGCUCAAUACUGUUACCAUGGGAGUGGUUGUUAGGAAAGUGAGCUCUCUCCAUGUGGUGCCCUCUGCCAUGUCAUGAUGCAGCAAGAAGCCCUCACCAAGUGCUGGCACCUUGGAUUUGGAAUUCCCAGCCUUCAGAACUGUGAGAAAUAACUUCUUUUCCUCUUCAUGUUCUGUUAUAGCAACAGAAAAUGGACUAAUACAGGUUUUUGGCUCUUCUCACCCUCUCACAGGCCUUCCCAUUUUAAUUUUCUAAACACUUCCUUUCUUCCACAUCUCCUUCUUUCUAUGGCUCACAAACUAUACCCAAAAUGUAAUCAUAUCUUUCAUUAUUCUAAUAAAAAAUAAAUGACA